AUGGGUCUACUGAAUUCAGCGGAUAAGGAAAGUAUCAAGGUAGCAUUACCUAAAAAUGCUAACAAGAUUAUUGACGUGGCGGUAGCUAGAUUAUACAUUGCUUACCCAGACCCGAACGAAUGGCAAUAUACGGGACUCUCAGGGGCCGUUGCGCUUGUGGAUGAUUUAGUUGGCAAUACAUUCUUUCUAAAAUUGGUCGAUAUAGAAGGACACAGAGGUGUAAUAUGGGAUCAAGAGCUCUACGUCAAUUUUGAUUACCAGCAGACACGUACUUUUUUCCAUACUUUUGAAUUGGAUGAAUGCUAUGCAGGUUUGUUAUUCGAAGACUUGAGUGAAGCCUUUCAUUUCCUCAAAAGAAUCUACAAACGUGAAGGGUAUGCUUCUAAGAAGACGCUUUCCAAUAAGAAUGCCAUUGCCUUGACAGAUAGAGCCCAAACGGAAGAUGAUGAUGACGUGCAUGGCCCUCGUGGUGAGACUCUUUACGGUAGCCAAAGGGAAAGAUACAACUAUUCUAGUGGUUCAGAUUCUAAAUCUACGGUGACAAAGAAAGCGCCACCUCCACCACCGCCUGCACCUGCACCAACUGCCUCAUCACAAGAUGAUUUUAGUGAAUCUGAGGAUACGGAUUGGCAAUCUGCGGCUGGUACACCAGCACCCCAACCACCCUCAGCUCCGGCGGCAUCUACUCCUAAGAUGAGACAUCCAGUGCCACCAGUUUUUAUUCCUCCUGCUCCUGCUCCUGCUCCGUCUGCUCCAUCUCCAUCGGUUUCACAGACCGCUUCUGCACCUCCAGCGCCCCCAGCGCCUCCGGCACCGGCCGCGCCUUCAGCGGCAGCUCCGAAUUCAGCACCAACGCCUGGUGUGGCUCUCCCUCCAAUACAGACUCAAGUAACUCAACCUCCUAGGCAUACAGAAGUUCCUCAAAAUAAGAGUCCAUUCCCCUUCCCUAUACCUGAACCUACAUCUCCCAAUCAGGUAACGCCAUUCCCCAGACAACCACAACCAGUACAAACACCUUCAGCAUUCCAAAAUGCUAAUACUAAUAGGCCUGUUCCUCCUUUACCUGUAAGAAAUGAUAGACCUUUACCUCCACCACCACCAAGAAGUAAUAAGGUGCCACCACCGGUGCCGCCAUCCAGACGUGGACCACCACCACCUGUGCCUCCACAAAGAACAACUACAGCCAAUGCUUUGGGGACACAAUCGACUGGUGGAUACGGUAGCAGGCCAGCUCCACCUCCACCUCCACCAAGAAGGGGACCUGCACCACCACCACCACCAAGGUCAUCUAGAUUGUCUUCAUUCUCUCAACAGCAGCAAGCACAACAGACUGCAUAUUCACCACCUCCUGUAAGUUUCCCACAACAAACGCAACCUACGUCUCCACCACCUCCAUUGGCCCCAAGACCACCACCUUCAAUACCACCAACUUCAUUUAACAGUGAACCUUCUACUACUGGUGCACCACCUCCACCUCCCCCACCUCCAUUAGCUCCAAGACCACCAACGUCCUUUAACACUGAACCUUCUACUACGGGUGCACCACCUCCACCACCUCCUCCUCCAGCAAUGCCCUCUGCAACUGGAGGAGGAAGUGCGGCACCACCUCCCCCACCACCUCCUCCAUCUAUGCCCGCCAUGCCUGCAGCCGGUCCAAGUGGAGGCGAAAGCACAGGUGAUACCGGCAGAGAUGCCUUGUUAGCAUCCAUUAGAGGUGCAGGCGGUGUGGGAGCAUUGCGUAAAGUGGAUAAAUCUCAACUUGAUAAACCCUCAGUUCUUUUACAAGAGACAAAUGGGCAGCCUUCACAACCUGCAUCGUCUGCCCCCACCGGUGCCGGUGCUCCUGGUGGAGGCGGUUCAUUGGCAGAUGCAUUAGCAGCUGCAUUGAACAAAAGAAAAAAUAAAGUGGCAAAUGAUGACAAUUAUGAUAAUGGUGAUGAUUGGUGA